UCUCUUACUCUUUGUUUGGCAAAAAUAAAAAUGCCCGCCUAUGGCUGAUAUAUGGACCCCUUCUAUACAAACCCACUGCACUAUAUUCACUUGCAAAUCAUCAGAACGGUUUGGAGUCCAAGCACUUAGAAGUUGAUAGUUAAGGCAUGAGGCGAGAGAUGACAGUCACACCACCAGAAGGGAAGAGCGACGAGUCCAUAGCUCUCGUUGCUGCACCAAAGGCACCAGGUACAGCACGGAAUAAAGGUUCAAGUGGAUCAGUCGACAGGGACCUUGCGCUAGCAGAAGUUGAGAAGGAAAAGAAACUGACAUUCAUUAAGGCAUGGGAAGAAAGUGAAAAGACAAAGGCAGACAACAAGGCACAGAAAAAGAUGUCCACAAUUACUUCUUGGGAAAACAGCAAGAAGGCUGCUAAAGAAGCCGAUUUGCGAAAAACAGAGUUCCGUGUCCAUGGUAUGCAGGAAAAGCUGGAGAAGAAAAAGGCAGAGUACGGGGAAAAAGUGAAAAACAAGGUAGCAUUGAUUCACAAGCAAGCAGAAGAAAAGAGGGCAACAAUCCAAGCAGAACGUAGUGAACAAAUUCUCAAAGCAGGGGAAGUGGCUGCAAAAUAUCGUGCUGCUGGGUACAUGCCGAAAAAGUUCCUAGGGUGUUUCUGAAAAUCGUUGAUCUUGGACCUGACCAGAAGGGAAGAACAAUAGCUCUCAUCGAUAAUGUUUCUGUUGUUUCAUGCUGUUGGCGCGUGAACCUCGCUGAAAAAGGAAGAUUGCCGUCUGUUUUUUGUGCUUCCAUGACGAAGGGCUUGUUUGCCGUGUCAUAUCUUAAGUACUUAAAUGGUUGUGACUUGUGAGUGAUCUUUACCUGUUAUUCCUAUGAAGAGAAUGGAUUGUCUAGUCUAGGUUCCUGGUUCAGAUGUAGCACCUUUCUUCCAUAA